AUGUCGUUCAUCGUGAAUACCAAACCCGUCUCCUUGUUGGGCCGACACCGUUUGCUCAGUCCGUCCGCCGCAGUUCGUGUUUCGCCUCUCGCGCUCGGUGCGAUGAAUUUUGGGACAGCAUGGAAGGAGUCUUUGGGUGAGUGUUCAAAAGAAACUGCUUUUGAGAUCCUUGACUGCUUCUACGAGCAAGGCGGCAACUGGAUUGACACAGCCGUGAACUACCAGUUUGGAGAAAGCGAAGAAUGGAUUGGAGAGUGGAUGGAAGCAAGAGGCGUGCGAGACGAGAUGGUCGUGGCGACGAAGUUCACCGGCAUGCAAAUCACCGAACGCGAGAAGCAAGGAACAUCCGCUAUCAAGUCCAACUUUGCUGGUAAUAGUGCAAAGAAUAUUCACACAUCACUCGACCGAUCGCUGAAGCACCUGAAGACGAGUUACGUCGACAUCUACUAUCUCCACAUGUGGGAUUCGACGACAUCGAUUCCUGAGCUUAUGCACACUCUCAAUGACCUAUGUACGUCCCGCAAAGUCAUAUAUCUCGGCGUGAGCGACACCCCAGCGUGGAUCGUAGUCAAGGCAAAUUGCUACGCCCGACAACACGGUUUGCGACAAUUCUCAGUCUACCAGGGUCGCUGGUCUGCCGCCGAUCGCUCUUUCGAACGCGAAAUCAUACCGAUGGCGCUCGACGAGGGUAUGGCUCUCGCACCCUGGGGCGCGAUUGGUGGCGGUGGGUUCAAAACGAAAUCGCAGAGAGAAGCGAAUGAGAGCGGCGGCCGGAAAAUGAAGAUAUCCAUUAUUGGAAACGAGGCCAAAGUGUCCGAUGUGCUCGAGAAGAUCGCGAUAUCCAAGUCGCCAGACACGCCCAUCACUUCCGUUGCGCUUGCCUAUGUCAUGCACAAGUCGCCCUAUGUCUUUCCCAUUGUUGGCGGACGCAAAAUCGCACACUUGCAGUCGAACAUCAAGGCUCUGGGUCUGCGCCUUACCGCCGAAGAAAUCCAUGAAAUUGAUGAUGCGUAUGGAUUCGAGAUGGGCUUUCCACAUUCCUUCCUGAGUCAUACCAACGCAGCAAUGCGGGGACCAGAAGACAACAUAUUCAUGAAUAACUUUGGCCACUUUGAUUAUGUGGAAGGACCAAAGCCAAUCCCUCCACAUGAGGGACCGCUGGACACGAAGUUUAAGGAUGUGUGA